AUGGCUAACAGCAAAUUUGCAUAUGUAAAAUUAUUUGAAGACGAAAAAAAAAUAUUAUUGAAUUGCUACUUUGUUGUAAGAAUAGAUGGAAGCGAUUUUAAAAAAUUUAUAAAACAACAUGAGUAUGUUAAGCCAAAUGAUUUAAGAGGACUAAAUUUAAUGAACGAAUGCGCAAUCAAUGUUUUAAAAAAUUAUGAUGAAAUAGAUUUCUGUUAUGGACAUUCAGAUGAAUUUAGUUUUUUAUUUAGAAAAUCUACAAAAUUAUGGAACAGAAGGUAUGAUAAAAUAUUAACUAAUAUAGUGUCAUAUUUUACUUCAUCCUUUAUAUUUAAUUGGAAAAAAUAUUUUCCUAACAAAGAGUUAGUAUACCCUCCAUCAUUCGAUGCAAGAAUAAUUGUAUAUCCAACUGAAAAUGAAAUAAAAGAUUAUUUUUCAUGGCGACAAGCCGAUUGUCAUAUAAAUACACAAUAUAAUGAAUGCUUUUGGAAUUUAGUUUUAAAAAGUAAUUACACACAUGAAGAGGCUUAUAAAUUUUUAUUAACUACUCAGACAAAAGAUAAAAACGAACUAUUAUUUACCCGUUUUAAUAUUAAUUAUAAUAAUCUUCCUGAAAUUUUUAGACGUGGAACUAUAAUAAUUCGAAAUAAAAAUUACAAAAAAAAUAAUGCUUUAAAAAUAAACACAACUCAGAAUGUACAAAAUGAUGAAGAAUGGAAAAAACAAAUAAAUCCACAUACCCAUAAAGAAAAUAAUGACAUUGAUUUAUGCAAUAUACCAAAUGUAGACACCAAUAAUAAUUGCGAUCGAAAUUCUUUAAACCCAUACCCCAAUGAGCAAACCAAUAUUAUUGAUAAAUUUAUAAUAACUCAUGAAAAUUUGAUUACUGAAACAUUUUGGAAUAAAUAUGAUUUUGUUUUUAAAAAAAAAAAAGAAUUAAAAUGUAAAGAAUCGUCUCAUUCAUAA